AAUCCCCAACCCCUCAACUCACAACCUUGGGGAAGGAUCCCAUUGCACUUUCUUCCUCUUAUACCGUUUAGUUCUUUCAACCAAAAGCACAGCUUCGAAAUUCAAGACAUAUAAGCUCCUCCCCAACACACAAAUGCAUGUGUGCAUACACACACACACACACACACACACACACACACACCCCAGCCAUCUAUUUCCUUGACCCAUAGCCCAGCAGCAACUAUUUUUACAUUUUCUGGUAUUUUUCUGGAGAUUUAAAAAAAUUCCAUUUUGGGUGUAUAUUCUUUGUCCGUUUUUAUAUACAAAUGGCAGAUGGCAACACAAGAAGCUUUGCACCUGGCUUUGCUUGUUGAUGGGAGACUGGGAACCAGCCUGCAUCCAGUAUCUACAUCAGGGCUGGGGCAAAGUACUGGCUGGGUUUGAGGUUGAAUCUGCCUCUCCCCUAGUCCAUCAGCAGCUUAAAAUACUACAAUCCACUGGUCUGUUCCAGAUAAAACCUUCCCUUCCCUGACUCUGUGGCUACAGCAUUGGAGCUGCUGCCUAGGCUAAAAUUAGGUAGAGGAAUUGGGGGAUUGAAAAUUAAGUGACCCUGACCAUCCCCGGUAAAACAAAGACCUCAGGGAGUCAUGUCCUAAUCAGCAACUCGGAGAGCACUCAGUCUCCAAGAAGUCACAAGAGCUGGGGUUGGUGGCCUCCGAAAAAUCCAGAAACUGAACUUCAGGACGUCUCAGGGUGGUAGUGACACCCAGCAAAGGUUGGACAGAUUUCCCCCUCAAUUUUGCGCUUUCAACCUUGAAGCCAGAGAGGAUGAGAAGGGCUUCCGCAUUUGGAGCACUGAAAUUUGGACUGUGCAAAGUUAGAGAUGACUCCCUAAAGAGGCAGUGAUCUCCCUAUCAUUGGAGAAUUUGAUAGCUGUCAAAAUGCAAGUUGCAUCUUCCUCAUAUUUCAACACCAGAGUCCAGAUAUGCAGAAGCAACAGCCCACCCUGCCAGGCUUUCCAUGCGGUGGGAGUUUUCAGGAGGUGUCCACUGUCUCCCACCUGAUUCAGAAUUACAUGCACAAGCCUCUGCCAUGGCCUAGAAGGCCCUGAGCUGUCUGCCACCCCCACAUCUCCACCUUGCCUCCUGCUACUGUCUGCUAGCUCACUAGACUCACGCCAGCCCUUCCAGGCCCCUUAGCCGUAUGUUUUAGGCAUAUGUCUCAGUCACUGCAGGGGCUUUGCAUUCAUGGUCCUUCUGGCUGGCAUGUUCCCCCCUCCAUGCUCCCUAAGCCCCACACUCCAGAACCACAGGGUUCCUUCCUCCACAUCAUUUGGGGCCUCUCCAUAUCUCAAGAGGCAUCUUCUUUGAUUCUUCAGCCCUUUGUUCCACUUUAUUUCCUUUCACAGCAUCCACUGCCACCAGCAUUGACAUCACGAAUCUUUGCUCAGUGUCCAUCUUUCCCACCUAGAAGGCCCUGCAAGGGCUUCUCUUGCACGCUCCAUAAAUGCCGAUCGACAGCAGCAGAGACACAGUGCCAACACCCAUCCUGCUCCUUCUGCCCAGGACAGCCAGGCACCUGCCAUCUCUGGCUCAGUCUUCUAUUUCCUUCUGCAGAGGGAAGCCUGGAGCCACAGAUUGAAGAUCUGAUUAACCGGAUUCAUGAGCUUCAGCAAGCAAAGGAGAAAUCCAGUGAGGAACUGGGAGAAGCCCAAGCUCUUUGGGAGGCCCUGCGUCGGGACCUGGACUCCUUGAAUGGAGAGAAAGUGCACCUAGAGGAGGUUUUGAGCAGGAAGCAAGAGGCACUGCGGACCCUCCAGCUGUACUGCCAGAGGAAGGCGGAGGAGGCACAGAGGAACUACAUGUUGGCAGAGCACACAGAGCAAAUUUCUAUCCAAAACUCUCAGAUCACAGAGACUCGAGGACAGAGGAAGCUGGGGUUGCCCAUGGAAGAACAGCUGGAGGAUUUGAGAGGCUCGCACAAGGACCUCUGGGAAUUCCACAUGCUGAAGCGGCGACUGGCCUGGGAGAUCCGUGCCCUGCAGAGCAGCCAGGAGCAGCUGCUCACCGAAGAGAGGCAGGCGCUGGCCCGGCUGGAGGACGUGGAGCGGCUGCUGCUUGCGCCGCCCGAGGCCCCCGCCGCCCGGACGGCGAUCGGCGGGCUGAAGGCGGAGCCGGAGAAACUCCGGGGGGAGGCCCCCGCCCAGACCCGGAGCACUCCAGAGGACCGUGCCGGCUCUGGAGAGCAGGCCGGCCCCCAGCUCCCCAGUGAGGGCGACCUGGCGCCACCGAUGGAGCUGGUCCCGACGGCACCCCCAGGCCAGUAGGACCCACCCGGCCCCACCUUCCUUCAAGCUCGCCCGGAAAUAAAGGCCACGUUUGCGGACCCUG